AUGUCAACAUUCAAAAUUUCCGAUCUCAUCAAUCCUCCUGAAUCGUUGUCACCAAAUUAUGAUUAUAUUCAUCACCAAAAAGAAAACCAUGUUAAUAAUGAAGUUUCUAGUUUAUAUUUAGAUACGGACGAUGAUAGUAAUAAUAACAAGAUUAUUACAAAGAAAAAUUCACCUGGUGUUAUAAUUUACAAACAUAAAUGCAGUACAUGCGAAAAGAAAUUCAAUCGACUGGAACAUUUGGUCCGUCAUAAUAGAAUACAUACAGGCGAAAGACCUCAUGAAUGCACUUGGGGCGGAUGUACCAAAAAAUUUUCCAGUACCCUACAAGUCAAAGAUCUUUAUCGUAAUAAUAACAAUGCGAACGCUAAUGGGAAUGGGGACAACAUUCCUUCCGCCAAUAAUAAUACUUCUAAUUCUUCGCACAUGUUCAUCUUUGCAGAAUUAACUAUUUCCACACCAUCAUCACCCUAUAAGUCUGAUCUCACCUGGCCAAAACCCCUCAAUUGUCCAAUUCCUGGUUGCACAAGAUCAUUUACAAGGCGUGAUAGUGAUGAAUAUACAUCUACAAAAACUAGAAAUAAUACAACUCCAUCACUUCGUACCACAAAUGGACCAGGUGUUCCUGUAGAAUGUACGCGUUGUUCAUAUUCUACCCCUACUUAUACCCAAAUUAAUACACAUUAUCACCGCCAUCAUGAAAACAACAAUGUAAUGGAAGUAACACCUACAAUAUUCAGAGCACCAACAUCAUUGAAUAGUAGUGGUAAUAAUGCAAAUUAUACUCUCGUUUUACCACCGUUAUCAGCGGUUCAACGUAAUACCACCUAUACACAUUUAGAUGACAUUGUAAGAUUUCCUCCUCUUUGUAAUUAA